CGGAAACAGCUGGCGGGAGGUGUCUGGAGCGACGGGAGGUGUUGGGCAGCUUUGUGAGGGCCCCCUUUUCCUAGAAAUGUCAGUACAUCAAGAAAGUCCUUAUCCACGCAGGCCUUGAGCAUGGGCUCAGAUGUCAGCCCCUCCAUCCUCCGCCCCCGCUCCCUGCUUCCCAGGGUGGCAGCCUCACCAAGGCCAGGGCUACCUACCCACACCUAGAGGGCUGGGUACAGCCCAACCAGGUGCCUGCUGCUGGCCUGGAGCACUCCAACCUGGACAGGCCACCAUGGUGGGCACUCCACUUCUGCUCCUGGCCCUGCUCCAUGGGACCGCUACUAAACACAUUGCACCACUUGCACCUCCGUUCCCUGCGGCGCCUGGCCCCUGGCUGCGCAGACCCCUUUUCAGUCUGGAGUUAUCAGAUGCAGAGGAUGCGUUCCCUCGCCGCGCAGGGCCACUGGAGGUUCCGGCGGACAGCCGUGUGUUUGUGCAGGCGGCCCUGGCCCGUCCUUCUCCGAGAUGGGGCCUGGCCCUCCACCAAUGCUCGGUAACGCCUUCUUCACGCCCGGCCCUGGGGCCUGCCCUGGUGCUUGUCCGCGGCGGCUGCCCCGCCGACGACUCUGUCAGCUUCUCACCACCUCCACGCCCGGAUGCUGCUAGGGUCGCACGCUUCAGCUUCCGCCUGCGCCCGGUGUUCAAUGCCUCAGUACAGUUCUUGCACUGCCAGAUAAGCCGUUGCCGCCGUCGCAGUCAGCACCGCCGAGCUGUCCAGCAGACACCAGUGCCUUUGAGCCCACCAGCACCAUUGCGGUGUCUGCCUCAGGAUGAGGCGUGUGCCGGCAGCAGCCCGAGCCUUGGUCCUGACAGCCCUCACCUGCACAUGCUGACCCAGCCCAUCGUAGUCACAGUGCCUCGUCCGCCUCCUAGGCCAUCCAAGAGUCUCCCAGGCAGGGCUGUACGCCCAGAAGCGUCCGCUCCAGCCGCUGCAGCACUGGAGCCCGCGCCAGUGGUGGCAUUGGUGUUGGCAGCCUUCGUGCUGGGUGCCGCGCUGGCCGCCGGGCUUGGGCUCGUCUGCGCGCACUCAGCACCCCCACCUCCAGGCCAAGCCCCGAGAGCUUCGCUCAGCGGCCCCCAGCUCCAGAGACCCCAGUAGGCAGAGAUGGCACGACCCAGUGAGGUCCCGAGAUUCAUCCAGCCAUGAUUUCAGUGCCCUUUGGAAGGAUUCCUGCAUGUCUCCCUCCCUCUUUCCUUCCCUCUCUCUCUCCCUCCCUCCCCGUCUUCACUCCCCUGUUCAAAAUA